GUCGCCAACCCCUCUUCUCCUCCCAGGACAACCCUCUUCAGCCAUGGGUAACGAGACAGUUCUGGAGAGCGUCCAGGUGUUCGGUCGCAAGAAGACCGCUACCGCCGUCGCGUACUGCAAGCGCGGACGCGGCCUGAUCAAGGUGAACGGAUGCCCCAUCGAGCUCCUCGAGCCGGCCAUCCUCAGGGUGAAGACCUUUGAGCCCGUUCUCCUCCUCGGCCCCGCGAGGUUCUCCAACGUGGACAUCCGCGUCCGCGUCAGGGGCGGAGGUUACACUUCGCAGAUCUACGCCAUCCGCCAGGCAAUCGCCAAGGCCAUCGUGGCGUUCUACCAGAAGUACGUGGACGAGGCCUCGAAGCGCGAGAUCAAGGACCUCCUCAUGGCCUACGACCGAAACCUCCUCGUCGCCGACCCUCGCCGCUGCGAGCCCAAGAAGUUCGGCGGUCCCUCGGCCCGCGCGCGCUACCAGAAGUCAUACCGUUGAUUCCGUUCGGCGCAUGGCUGGCGCUUUAUUUACGUCUGUAAAGAGGGGGUUAAGACAGUCGGUGGAGGAUUUUGGCUGGCUAGGCUUAUAGCGCUGGGUGCCAAAAUUUGACGGAUGUUUGUAUCCUUUUGGGGGCGUUUGGAGGGCUUCGGUUGAGAAUGCGCGGGGGUGUUGCUUUUUUCUGGCGACAAGAGCUUCGUCCUUUUUUCGUGUUCGUAUCCCGCCGGCUGGCUGGCUGCUGUACGACUCGUUCGCGCUUGUCGAUGAGACAUAAAAAUGAAGAGGUCAUGGCGACCGUAAAACCUGUCACCGCUGUGUGUUUCUGCGCUUGCGUUGAUUUUGCGCCCGAUAUCCCCUAGUCGGGCCAUUCUCCGCUACUUGCCGGUGCUAUGGAUAUGUAUCUUGUGGCAUUUUCGGAACCCCAACAUUUGCUGACCUACUUGAACCGUCGGGAAUAUGUUUUUCAUGGACCAUUUUAUCGACCACCU